AUGACGGACAACACCCCCAAGUCCCCAACAAGAGAGCAAAACACAAACUCAAUGGAUGGAAAAUCGAUGCAAGAACAAAGGAUUCAGGAACCACGCCAAUCACUCCAGCACCAGUCCGCUUCCGAAAAAGCACCACCUUACGAUCACGACGUUUCUGGUGAUCAAACGCUAUCCACCAUCGACAAUGAUUUGGAAAAGUAUCCCGAAGGAGGUCUCGAAGCCUGGUUAGUGGUUCUAGGAUCCUGGUGUGCCAUGACGGCAGGCAUGGGCCUUCUAAACACCAUCGGUACUUUACAUGCAUGGAUCUCCACGCAUCAACUGUCUUCGUAUUCUUCUUCCUCGGUAGGCUGGAUCUUUUCUACGUUUCCGUUCUUCUUGUACUUUGCGGGUGUACAGAUUGGCCCUUUGUUCGAUGUCUAUGGAGCAAGGGUGCUGGUCAUGACUGGAAGUAUCGGACUGGUGGUGUCUUUGAUGACACUCAGCGUAAGCACCGAGUACUAUCAGAUCAUCCUCUCCUUUGGCGUUUUGGGUGGCUUGAGCACUUGCUGCCUNUUUACCACCGCUGUUUCAGCAAUAGGCCACUGGUUCCACGCUCGAAGAGGCUUUGCAAUGGGUAUUGCAUGCACGGCGGGCGGGACAGGCGGUCUUGCCUUUUCACUCAUCAUUCUCUUUCUGGCACCAAAGAUUGGACUCGGCUGGGCAAUACGCAUCAUCGGCUUCAUCAGUGCAGCAUUGUGCGCAAUUGCUUGUCUGCUCCUUCGCAGCCGAUUACCACCCAACAAGAUCAAAGGCGCCAAAAUCGAUAUUCUCGCACUCAGAGAUCCGCCGUAUGCCGCCACAACUGCUGCCAUCUUCCUCGUCGAGUUUGCAGUGUUCAUUCCAUAUACGUUCUUGGUUGAUCAAGCAUUGGAUGCCGGCAUGAAGCAGGAGUUGGCGUAUGCACUCAUCCCUAUUCUCAAUGCUGCUGCUAUACCCGGCCGUUUGCUGCCUGGCUAUAUCGCCGACCGCUAUGGACGCCUCAACACCAUGACCGUCACGGCGGUAAUCUGCUGUCUUUUGACUUUCCUUCUCUGGUUGAUAGGGUCGUCCUCUCAUGCAGCCAUCAUCGCAUAUACUGUGCUCUUUGGCUUUUGGUCCGGUGCAGCAAUUUCCUUGACACCAGUCUGCAUCCAGCAAGUUUGUAAAACCGAGGAUAUCGGUAAGAGGACGGGUACCACGUUCACGAUUAGCAGUUUUGGAACAUUGAUAGGUAUUCCUAUCGCUGGUGCUAUACUGGGUAAAGGAGGAAGGCAGGACUACGAUGGAUUGAUUGCUUUUGCGGGGGCCUGUUAUGUUGCUGCCAGUGCUGCUUUUGUGGUUGCUAGAGGAUUAACAGGGGGAUGGGGGCUAAAGGUCAUUAUCUAG